AUGCUUGGUCGCAUCCUUCAAUUAACAUUAUCCUUCAGUGCUCUAUUUCUGUUCAUUACUCUUUUCUGGCAAUGUCCCAUCGCCGAUGCUGUGCCGGUUUUGGCUACGGAUGACAACAUGGAUAAAUCUAAUGACGAUGCAUCACGAUUGUUAUAUAGCAGUAGUCAUACGGGCACAUACAACAAAAAUCUUCGAGCUGCCAAACGCAUGAAAGCAGCAUUAGACAAUCGUCUCAAACGUUUUCGUAUGCUUGAUCAAGACGAGUUUCAAGAAAUGCUCAAAUCAUUAAGCCAACAAACAGUCGAAGAUCAAUCGAAAACUUCGAACGGUAUGGAUGCCAUCGGUGGUAUGCAACUUGCAAACUACUGGUCGUCUGUAUAA